AUGCAAUUCGAAUCGCUCCCAACCGAGAUUGUGACGCACGUCUUUCUUUCACUCAGAGAUAUCGCAUCUGUGAGCGCAUUGGCCUCGACUUGCCAUCGCUUCAACGACAUCUUCAAUUCGUCCAAGCGGCUACUCAUCUUACUGGAGGCUGCAGAUGCCGAGCACGGUCCCGUGGAAGAUAUCUUACAACUCUUGACGCAAAAUGCGUCUCAGCCUGCCCAUGUUCGACGACAUGUGCCCGUUUCCGAAGUACUCCUGCAGCAGGUCAUCAAGACGGGCCGCAUCGCACAGCGCUACGAGGAGAUCUACCCGCUCAAGAAAUGGAAGGACGACUAUUCUAACCGUCGGCUGCUCACCGAGCUCGAGCGCCACAGGCUCCGCCGGGCAAUCUACCGGAUCUGGCUAUACACUCGCGCCUUCCACAAUUCGUCGCACCUGCGCACGACGCGGUGCAUUCCCGCCGUCGUGCGCGAACGCGCCGCCCUCCUCCAGAACUUCCCGACCGACGAACUCGCCGAAAUGCACGACGCCCACGUCCUGCUCCGCGAGCUCAUCGCGAACAAAAUCUGCCCCUCCAACGGCAAAAUCCGACACCGCUUCCGCAAGCGCCAUCCUGAAACCCUGCAUCACCACCACCAAUCCCUCCUCGUCAACAUCCACCUCAACUAUCCACCCCCUCCUCUCUCCGUCGCCGCGACGAGCUUCGCCGACCGCUACCAUCCAAAACCCUACGGCGCCUCCUACUCCCACCUCCUUUCCUCGCCCUCCGCCCGGCUCGCCGCGGACCCCAGCGGCAGCGCCGAGGGCUGGGGUGACGACAUCACGCACUACUACGUCGUCGAGGACAUGCUGAAGCUGUCGCCGGAGACGAUUCUACUCUUGCGCGACGCGGGUCUUCCGCGUGCGGACAUCGAGGCGCACGUCAGGGCUCUGGGGGACUGGUUCACCAACAAUGGCGAGACGUUCGCGGAGACUUUGGCGAACGUUGUGAGGGGACGAGGGAUGGAGUGGGAGGCUUUCGGGGAGGCAGUGGAGGGACGUGGGUUGGGCGUU